AUGCCAGGAUUAGCAGCCAAAUUAUUAAAAUGCUAUCAACAAGGGCAAUACCAUGGCAAAGUGAGGGAAUAUUUCUAUUAUAUAAGUCAUGAGGGGUUUCUGUUUUUGGAUGAUAGUAGAAUGAAAAAUUUUACUGCUGCUUACAGAGACCAAGCCUUCCUUAAUUUUUUCUAUAAGAAUCUUCGCUUGAAUACCACAGAGCGUUAUCAGGACUCUUUUAAAUACAUGAGUAAGUGUGGAAGGGAGAAUAAUUAUUUGAGAUGUGAUGAUCGACCUGUCGUGUAUACAGCUUUUUCGAAAGACUCAUCGUCUCUCCUAAUUGGGGGGUCAUCAAUAAGUGUAGAUUUCCAGCCCGACCAACUGUUCAUGCUAGAAAAUGGUCGUCUUUAUCAUCCGUCACCAUUCGACACAUUUGGACUAGUAAAAGCCACAAUCGCAGACACUCUAUUUCCUAGUUUUACCUUUGACAAAGAAGGCUAUCCGUCUCAGUUUCAUUGGAAAGGUAUGACAUCAGACUCAUCAGUAUGGGCUCCAAGAAAAUCUCAAAAUUCCACUAUAGAUAGUACUCAAUAUGAUGUUGACAACCAAAUUGUUUUUUGUGUGAAGGAUUUCGGUUCAAACGUGGAGUUCACUGAAGAGGAACGAAGAACACAGAACGAUCUAUUCCAGAAGCUACACAAAGCUAAUGUAGAGCCAGAAUGGAUUGCUGGGUCAUCAUGUUUACGUGUCAGCGAGAAAGACCCUAAUUUCUAUGUUUUCCCCUCUUUCAGAGGGCCGGCUUUCGAAUAUCUUAAUAAUCGCAAAGUGAAGGUUAUCGGGGCGUCCCUGGUAAUUCAGUGUUUAGCAGAGGGAAGAGCAAUACCCAAAUGGACGCAUCCCAUUUUUUCGAUGAAUUUAUCCGGCGCUGUUGUUUGCUUCACUGGCCUUCAGCCAGAAAUCAGAAAUCAGUUGUCUGACUUGGUCAGAUGGAUGGAUGGUAUUGUUUCAAAAUCCUUUACAUCAAAUGUAACACAUUUGGUCGCGGACAAAUGUGAAUCUAAUGCACCUAAAUACAAAGUCGCUCGACAGCUUCGUAUCCCUGUAAUGUCUCCCAGCUGGCUAGAAGAAGGCUGGGUGCGAGCUUCGCAGUUAGUUGUUGAACAACUUACAUCUCCUCCAUUAAUCAAAGCUAAUACUUUACCACUAUUUACUAAUUUGGUUCUUUGUACUUCCGGAAUAGCCGGACAGGAUCGUUCAGAUAUGGGAAGAUUGAUUGAACUCUACGGAGGAAGAAAUCCUGGAGACAUGAAGCGUAAUGAAUGUACUCAUCUGAUAAUGGAAGGAACUUCAGGGCCUAAGUAUAGAAAAGCUCGUGAGUGGGGUCAAAUCCAUAUUGUUGAACCACGUUGGCUUAGAAAAAGUGUGGAGGAAGGGUAUUUGUUGAAUGAAAAACUUUUUGAUCCAUCUACACCUCAUCUACGCUCUAGUACGCAGGCACCCAAUGGAAUACCGCCACCUGUUGACUUGGACUUUAGCUCUAUUUACGGCUCUGCUAAAAUCCCGAAUCCUUCGCAAUCUUUCUCUGCGGCUGCGGAUAAAGAGAAGGUGGAGAAGACCAAUACACCAGCCACCGCGACAAGGCCUAAAUUUAUUCGAAGAGAAAGCUGUCGACAAAUCUCGAAUCUUACUUCUAUUGUAACGGAUCCAAUAGACAACUUGUCUGAAAUGAGCUAUAGAGGCGACUUUGAUUUUUUAGAGGGUUGUUUGAUAUGGUUGUGCGGGGUUCAAGAAAGUCGUAUUGAAAAAUGGAAACGUGUUUUGGAUAGAUGUGGAGCCACUCGAGUUAUAAAGCCUGAAAAUGCCACUCACAUUGUUGUAUUGAAUGGAACAGAAGAUAGGAAGGUCUUGCUGGAUGCUCAAAAACAUGGAAUUGUUAUUGUACAACCUGAAUGGGUAAUAGAAUGUGUACAAAGAAAAGACUUAUUACCGGUUGAUGAUUUCGUGUGGAGUGGAGAGUCUAACGUCACUAAAAGCACUACUAAUUCUAUUGUUGCGAACUCUGUUCUAUCUGACUAUCAGCAAAAUGAUAUUGAAAUUGCUAGGGAAGAUGCCGUAACCACGGCGGGAACCACUACAGCUUUAAAUCUCAGCCUGAGAUCUCAUUCAUCCUCUUCUAAUGCUUCCUGUUCGCGGUCUCAACUUGAAACCAACAAAGUUCAGAACAAGCUUUUUGAAGGUUUGAAGUUUCGGUUUUGUGGAUUGCCUUCAGAGUUAACUCGAUUCUGGUCUCUAGAAUGUUGUAAAGCUUCAGGCGUUGUCCUAGCGGAUUCUGAUCAUGAAGUUGCUGACUAUAUGAUUUAUCCACAAGUUGAGUAUGGUGUUUUGCUCUCUCCUCUUAUCGGAAGAUAUCGCUAUUUAGUCACGGAAUGCUGGCUAAAAAGCUGCAUGGCUAGAGUUCAGGUGGUUGACAGAAAAAGUCAUCCAUUGUUCCGACCUAUUCCAGCCGUACAGGGAACUACCUUGUUCAAUGGAGUAGUUGUUGGAUUUCUAGCUUUGGAAAGUUAUGAGAAGGGCACGUACGUAGAAUUAUUGCAAAUGUUUGGAGGUCGCGUUGAAUCUUCGGUUGUCGCUCGACCAAAAAAUGGUGUACUGCCUUGUACGCAUUUAAUUCCUGGAUGUAGAAAUCAUAAAAUCAUAGAAUGCUCAAGAAAAAUUCAAAGGAUGAAAAUAGUGGACCCAUCUUGGAUAAUAGAAUGCAUCGUGAACGAUAAGCUUUUGCCAACAGAACAUUUCCCAAUAGAGACUGUUGCAUAUGCAUCAUAUGAAGGAAGAACUGAUGAUCUAUGGGUGGAACGUUUACCAGUCACCCACGAACUUGACGAACUUCCAUCGUCCACAAUGACAGUUGACGAAGUCGACAAUUAUCUCUUGGGAGACGAAAUACCUACAGUGGAUAGUACAUUUGAAGUCACCGUUUCUCAAGUAACACAUGAACAUUCGAGAUCGAAACAUACAUCUAUGAACAAGCAUGGACUGAAACUCGAGUUGAAGGGAGUGACUCAAGUGCUAGAAGAGAUAAUAACACCAGUGAACACGGAUAAUGAAUCCACUUUUAAUUCUCUCAGUGUUUCGGGUGUUGGCAAAGUCCUCGCUGAAGCAGCAGUCAAAGCAUCUGUUCCUUUUCAGAGAAGCAGUAACGAACUUUUAGACCGUUCUGACAGAGAAUUUGGGGGUCGUGAUUCCGUCAUUGAAAUGCCUCACGUUUAUUCGACUCGAUCACGCAGAAGUAUCGGAAGCCCUCCUAUGUCCAUAGAAGAAGCCAUGCCAUUCAUGCAGAAUAGGGAGAUAAGCGAAAAAUCGAGACAACUUGUCGAACAACAAUUGAUUGCGAUGCGAGAAGAUCAACAAAGAGAAGAAGAAAGGAGGGCUGAAGAAGAAGCAAGACGUUUAGCCAUAAGAAGAAGAAAGAGAUGCUUUGAUAUUACUGAUUCUCCUCAGCCUAAAAGAAUUGCUAGGAUAAACGAAGACGACUGUAUUGACUGGCAGCCACAACCUGCGCCUUUACUGAGGAUAAAUCACAGUCCAGGCAGACAGAACAUAUUCCGCAGCACUCUCAACCCCUCUUCUGUAAGGAGCGUUGGCCAGACUCUGACUACUCCAAGGAUAAACGAUGAAGUAAUCGCUACAACGUCCAGUGUCAGAACAGUCUCUUCUACCUACAUAGAUUUCAAAAAUGACUCUUCGGGGCAGACUUCUCAAACUAGAGUUCUCACACCUAUCAAUAGUGUACAGAAUCAAUUUUCUCGGACCAUCGAAGCGAAAACAUCUGAGCAAAUUACCCGGCACAAUUCGCCUAAAAAUUUUCUCUUCACCUCAAUGGCUGAUCUUGAAGAAAAAAACAAUUUAAUGAUUUUGAUCAAUAGAUUAGGUGGAGUUACUGAUUCACAAGACAAGAAUGAGUUAACCGAGGAAUCCACUCACCUUAUCUGUGGUAAACUAGUACGAGGCACCAAGCUGAUGGGUUUCAUAGCUGCCGGAAAAUGGGUUCUAACUGUCGAUUUCAUUGAGAGGAGUGCUGCAGCUGGUCGAUGGCUCGAUGAAGACGAAUUUGAGUGGAGCCACCCCAACAUGCUCGCUAAGUAUAAGUUGCAAGGUCGCGAACUCCAGAUAGCUUUAGCCUGUAAACGAUGGAGGAACAGAAUUGAGAAUAUGAGAUUAUCCGAAGAAAAUCCUGCUGCUGUUGGAGCAUUCUCUGGUAAAAGGUUCAUCCUCUACUGUAAAAAAGAGAAGGCAGCUGGACUUGUUCCUCUGAUGGAAGCAGGCAAAGCAGUUGUGUCUACCAGAGAGCAGAUUCCAAGUUUGAGAACCUUCAACCCAACCCAUGCUAUCGUCUGCAAUUAUGGAUGGAAUGAACGAGAAUUGAGUGAGCUGCACGCAAUGGGUGUCAAGGUAUAUGCUCUGGAAUAUAUAGCCAAAUAUCUGCUGGAAGAUUCUAUGGACGACGCAAGUUGCUAUCAUUCCGAUUAUGCAUUGCUUCUGACCGCGUACAAGUGA